AUGCACAUCUCAGCCUCGACUCUGCCCGACCAGAAUGGCACCAUCAAGCCCACCGGAAACGGCUCCUCCUUCUUCUACACGCCAUCCAAUCGCCCUCCUACAGCAGACCAACUCUCCCCCCGCUCCUCCUCCCCCGACUCCUCAGCCCACGCCUCCGACUCGAGCGAAAGCCCACCUCCUCGAUCCCUCUCCUCCUCCCCCGCGGCACCGAUGCUGUCGUCCUCCCCGCCUCUGCGCCGACGCACGCGCAUCGUGGCAGAGGGCAACUUCACCGUCGAGGAGUUCGCGGAUAGCGAUUACGAGGACUGGGACUCGGACGACGAGGACGAGGUCAUCCGCCCGCACCAGUACGAAGACGCGGAGAGCGACCGCGCGCCGUCCGUGUCCGUCAAGAACAGGAACAACGACCUCGACACAAUGCGCAUCGUGUCGGAUUUCCAGAACCUACACUGCGAGAAUGAGGAGGAGCGGGAACUGUGGCUGGAGAAACUGAGGGCGGAGAAGAGGAGGAGACGGAGGAGUUCGGCGAGUGUGCAGAAGAGGACGCUGAGUAUGAGUAUUGGGAGUGAUACCGACGAUGAGGAUCUAAAGCCGGUUACGUUUGAGGGCGCGAAUGAGGCGGGGUCGAGUGCGAGGCGGUUGCGGAGGAAGGUGGGGGAGAGGACGAGUUUGAUUUUUGAUGAUCCGCCGCCGAGGAUUGAGGAGGAGGAUGAGGGGCCCGAGAGUGUGGAGGAGGUGGUGGAGAUUCGGGAGGAGGAUGAGGAUGAGGAUGUCGAUCGGGAGUUGAGGGAGUUGCCGUAUUGGUAUAUUCAGGAGAUGGAUGUCGAUUCUGAUGAUAACGAAUGA